UUAUGGAACACAAUGAUAGGCGCAUAUGGAACUCAUGGCCAUGGAAGAGCUGCUCUUGAGCUUGUGCAACCAAUGCAGAACCAAUCAACUACCCAAAUUCAGUUAUUUCACAUUUGCACUCACAGCUUAUAACCAUGCAGGUCUUGUUGGACAAGGGUUCCACCUCUUCAAUAGCAUGAAUCAUGAAUUCAACACUGUUCCCAUAAGAGAUCGCGAUGGAUGUGUCGUGGAUUUGUUUGCUCGUGCUAGAAGAUUUAAGGACGCAAUGGAUGUCAUAAAUAAAACACCGUUUGAUCCUGGUAGGUGCUGCCUGCCAAGCUCAAGAGCAGCUCUAUAUGUUGAAUAGAUGCUCUGCCUGCCAAGGGGCAUUUUAGCUUCCAGCUCCAGCAUAUAUGUUGAAUAGAUGCCUGCCCACCAAAAUAUCGACAUGGGAAAGAUAGCUGCAGAGCAUCUAUAUUUAGUUUCGAACCACCAAACCCUGGGGAUUAUGUGACACUCUCCAACAUAUAUGCCAGAACUGGGAAAUUUGAUGAUUCCGUAAGUGUGAAAAAGUUGUCUUAUUGGUUGGCCAUGAUCAAACCCAAUUCAAUGAUGCUACGGUUUAGGUGUGUUAACCGAGAGCUCUGUUUAGAGUUCGGACCAGAUGAAGAACAGGGUUUUGUUAAAUACUGGAUUUGUACGAACACACCAGUACAUGAAGAGGAGCUAUAUGUGAGGCUGCAUAUCUCUGCAAAACUUCGUCAAAUGCAGAUCGUUCGCAAAUUGCACAAGUCAAGUAUAGCAACAGACACAUGUUCAGAUAUCAAUAAAUACUUUGUAUCGGUCCGAGAAUGCAUCUUGCGUUGCGUCUUCGAAUAAGAUUCAGUUGCCAAAUGCCAAAAUGACUAUCACGACUAACUAGGAGCGAGUAGUCUCACCGUUUGAUAUUCAUUGCAUGUCUAUCCAUCUGCACUGGAAUCACAUUUUAACAUGUUUCAGUUUAUAAAUAGACAUUACUCUUUGUCUUUGAUAUGUCAUUCGGUUCAAUUAUUCUAUUUCACAUAUACAGUUAUACAGAAACAUGGAUAAAAGUUCUAGUACUAAGAUUACUGAAAACAUUCCACUUGUUCAUGGAGACAUACUAACUGUUCUAAGCAUUGAUGGAGGAGGAAUUAGAGGCAUCAUUCCGGCAACCAUCUUGGCUUUUCUUGAAGCAAAACUGCAAGAACUAGAUGGAGAGGAUGCAAGAAUAGCAGAUUAUUUUGAUGUGAUAGCUGGAACUAGCACAGGAGGUCUAAUAACAGCCAUGUUAACUGCACCUGAUCAACAUAAACGCCCUCUUUUCAUGGAAAAAGAUGUUACUCCAUUUUACCUUAAGCAUUGCCCCAAAAUAUUUCCUCAAUCAACUAAAUCAAGAGUUGUUUACCCUUUGGUUAAGAUGAUGGGUGCCUUAAUUGGACCUAAGUAUGACGGGAAGUAUCUACUUAAGCUACUUCAGAAAAUUCUUGGGGAUCGAAGACUUAAAGAAACUUUAACUCAUGUCAUUAUACCAACAUUCGAUAUUAAACUACUUCAGCCAGUGAUCUUUUCAUCCUUUGAGGUUCAGACAGAUGUUUUUAAGAAUGCUUUGUUAUCAGAUAUUUGUGUAAGUACUUCAUCGGCGCCAACUUAUUUUCCUGCACAUUAUUUUGAAACCAAGGAUGCAGAAGGGAACGUUAGGGAAUUUCAUCUUGUUGAUGGAGGGGUGGCAGCAAAUAAUCCUGCACUGUUAGCAAUGAAGCCUGUAGGAGAAAAGCCACCAGAAGAACUAGACUUACCAGCUGAACAUGUUUUAGAUUAUAGACGAUUUGUUUGCAUCUCACUAGGAACUGGAAGUUCAAAAAUGGCGAAAAAAUACAACUCGAAAAGGGCUGCAAAGUGGGGAAUGUUUGGUUGGUUACUGAAUAAAGGAGGAUGCCCUUUAGUUGAUUCAUUUAUGUCAGCAAGUGGAGACAUGGUUGAUCUGCACAUGUCUUAUAUUUUUCGAUCAAGUCGAUGCGAGGAUAAUUACCUUAGGAUUCAGGAUGACUCACUGAGUGGGGAUGCGUCAUCUACGGAUAAAGCAACAAAAAAGAACUUGGAGAUGCUUGUGAAGAUAGGUGAAAGGCUGUUAAAGAAGCCUGUUUCAAGAGUGAAUCUGGACACUGGUUUGAAUGAAGCAGUUGAGAGUGAAGGGACUAAUGAACAAGCUCUCACUAGAUUUGCAAAAUUACUGUCAGAAGAAAGGAGAAUGAGGAAAGCAAGAUUGGAGGAGAAGAGGCGUGUAUAAUUCCGAUUCUUGACAGGGAAAGCAUUAUAUAGAUUAUUUUUGGAUUGUACUUUAGUUGAUGCAUGGGUUAGUUUUGGAUUCGGUCAGCAAGCAAGUCUUCACAAAUAUAGGAUCGAGAAUACGAUAAUUCUUAUUAUGAUAAUCUUCACAAUUCUGGUUACACAUCUCAUGAAUAUAUAGAGCCCAAUAUAUUAC